AUGGCGCCCAAAGCUGUCUCCCUCGCAUUUGCGGGACGGAAGCUUACCGGCCCACCGGAGGGCUACGGCAAAAAGAAGCAGGUCCAGGUCGAAAAAUGGAUUUCUGUCAUGCCUCCGCCAGAGGACCUUGACCCGGCGGAGGUCGGUCCUCUUGCAACGGUUUUCGAGGUCGAGAGUUCAAGGGAGUACUUAUACGGCAGUCUGCGCGACAGCACGGAUGGCUUCUUUGACACGGCGAUAGCUCCUCGAGCCCACCCUUUCAGCAGGGCCCCAGAUCAAGGACAAGCCGCCUCCGCCGCUAUGGCUGGCAGUCCCCUUUCAGUGAUGCCCUUCGGAAGCAGCGGAAGUGGCUCAAAGGUACAGCACGACAUCAAAGCCGACUUGCGGCCCUGGACCAACCCGGACCUGCUGGCCCAAACGCCGGCCCAGACUUUCCCCCGGGAGGAGCCGUAUCUGGUCGCAGCAGCAACGGGUGCUGUUGACGAUGGCUUCGGCCAGAGAAGUGUUUCUGCCAGCGUGAUCCGGCACGUGCCGCUGGAUGUGGGUCUUGCGGCGGUCGCUAACAUCGCCGGUGAAGGUGACGAUGGCGGCGCCUCCGCCAGUGACGCAGGGGUAUCCGCUGCAAUCCUCCUGGCGCGUAUCGAAGCUGCACUGCCGCCGGGCGCCACCGCAGAGGAGAAGCUUCGAGCCGCACUGCUCCUGGCCCUGGAGGAGCACCAGCGGCUCCAAAAUGUCAUGAAAACGGAACUGGCGGCGGCGCGGGUUUGCACUACGGACGCGAGGAAGGAGGCGCAGGAGCUCGCGGACGACGUGCAGGCCACUAGACAGCGUGCGCUCAAGGCCGAGGACGAGCUGGGACGGCUGCGAGCGCGGGUGGUCGCGUCCAAGCAGCAGGCGCAGGCCAUGGAGGAGUCUGCAGCUGAGGCUGCCGCGGCCCGCUCUUUAGCUGCGGCACUACAGCGGGAGGUGGAGGUGCUGCAGCGGCAUCAGCAACAGGAUAAGCGGAAGAUGGCGGCCAUGGCUGCCUCCCUUGAGGCUGCCCUAGAAUCGGAGCGCGGGGAAGCAUCUCAGGCCCGGAGGGAGAGAGACACGGUGAUCGUGGCGCUACAGGCAGAGAAGGCAGCUCGAAAGGCGGCAGAGGAAUCGGAGCGCGCUGCUUUACGGCUGGCGACGAAACAGGCGGAGACGCAGGUGGCUGUUCAGGCGACUGCCGCGGCGGCUCAGGCCGCAUGGCAGCGUGCGGAGCUGGCAACACAGAGGGCAGCGGUCGCCCGGGCUCCGGACCCCGCGACGGCCGCAGUCGGUGUCACCGUCGUGGCAUCAAGGACGGGGACGGAGAUGGGGACGCUGACGACAUCGCCCGAUGUUCCCCGUGGGGGCUCAGGGCGAAAUAUGCCUGCGAAGAUGGUUGAGAAGGGGGGCAGACAGCACCCCCACCAGCACCGCCAGACGGCCUCUACUGGGUCUGUGGGUCCCGCUCCGUCCAUGUCAGUGGCCAGGGGGCAUCCGGGUGUUGCGGGCCCUGCAUCGCCUUUACAUGCAGGUGCACCUGGAGCUUCUGCCCAGGACGCAGUUGAUGCAGUCCGCACUGACAGUCACCGCACCCUGAGUCGGGCUGUUGCAGUUGGUCGGCAGCAGCUAGGGGAGCUCAUGCAGCUGCAGCGGAGGACAGCUGCGCGGGCGGAGCUGGCCGACGCGAGGGCGGUGGAGGCCGCGCUAGGGGCGGCUCCGGAGCACCUGCGUCUGCUGGGCCUGGCCUUCCGCGCAUACAUUGUGGGCGGUUCUGGAGCCAGCAGCGCUGCCGCCGCUCCCGCCACCGUGCUGGCGGGCCAGCUGAGUUCCCUGGGCUACCGGGUGUAUGUGGACCCGCUGACGCUGCUGCAGCAGGGGCCCCCACCACUUGGCGUUGAGUGCUCGUCAGCCCCUCUGGUGGCCCGGGCGGCUGUGGUGGUGGUGAUUGCGGCAGCCCAGUUGUUGAGGAGCUCGCUGGCGAGGGUCGAGCUCUGCUCCGCUGCCCGGCACGGCUGUCCCCUGCUGCUGCUCAGUCCGCCGGACCUGACACUGGAGAACUUGGCGGCCGUGGGGGAAGCGCUGCUGCCAGGGGACGGGGGAAACCCAGCCGACUUGCCAGCGCAGCAGCUGGCCGCAGGCGCCCUACGUGAGGCCUGGCCCUCCCGGCUUACCUUGGCCCCCGACUCGCCAGCCACCCCAGCCGCAGUGGCCACCCGCCUGGGCCUACCCGACACCCGCCUGGCGCUGCUGCCACCGGAGGCCCUCCGCCAGCUGGCCGUAACAAGGACUGGAGUGAUGCCAGAUCUCGCGUUCCUCAACGCACCGAUAUCGCCUGGUAGCAGCUGUGGUGGCGACAGGAGUGGUGGCAGAAGCGGCUUUGCAGGGCCAGGCGGGCUGGGUGGGGCGGCAGGACUGACCGGGUUGCGGCACCUGAAGCUGAACUUCGGCCCAAGGGGAGAGCUAGAUGGCGGCGGCGGUGGGAGGACAGCGCCGCUGUUGGAAAUGCUGUGUUCGGUGCUGCGGGGUAACAGCACUCUGACGGCCCUGACGCUGCGAGGCUGCCCCGCGACCGCUGCCCGGACCAUCACUGAGGCCGCCCUGGGUAGCCCUGUCAGCCGCAUCGCCAACAUCACCGUCUCCAGCAGGGUGCCCGUGGCGCUGCUGGCAGGGCGAACUGGGCCCCAUCACUCAGACUCACACCAGCAGUCCCAAGUCAUUGAGCUGGGAGCGGGUAAGGCCGCCACGGCUGCAAGGUCCACCGAGGCGGAAGAGGUACGGUUCACCGACGAGGACGCAGAGGUGGUGGCCGCGGCGCUGCGUGUGCGGGCAGCAGCCGCGGCAGCGGAUAAUCCGCCACCACCACCGCUACUAGCGCUGUCAUUUCCACGUUCAUGCAACCUGCGCCUGGGUUUCUGUGCAGUGAGCUCCCUGGCUGUUGCGCUGGCGGGCCUCCUCCCUGGACUGCGGUCAGUGAACGGGGUUGUGCUGCAGGCCGCUCCCCACCAUCUUACUGCCCUCAACCUAACCGGCUGCGAGGGUGUCGAGGAGCUGUUGUUAGCCCUGGUGGCCCCGGUGGGAGCGGCUCGCAAAGGAUCGGCAGGCAGUGGCGAGGAUGGGGAUGGGAGCGGAGGUGGUGGGUUGCAGGCACCUCACUCCUCCCCUUCCUCUCCGGGCGCAAGCUGUUGCACAGUCCUGGACCUAUCGCUCAAUAACCUGGCUGACGUCGGAUGUAAGGUGCUGGCUCGUUCGCUUCCCGCCCUGGGCCCCUGCCUGCGGGUGCUGGCGCUGUCACACAACGGCAUCGGCACACAGGGGGCCGGAGCGCUGUCGGGGGUUCUGGUGGCGUGCAGGGGACUCCAG